GUAGGGUCUGGGGAGAGUGUGUGUACGCAGACCUUGCCCCUACUCGAAAGUAGAGAGGCUGUUUCCAAAGAGACUCCCGGCUCAACAUCGAAAGUUGCAGUGUUUGACUAACUGCAACUUCAUUAAUUAAAGAAGCGCAAAUAGUUUAGAGAUCCAUUUUGAUUUAUUCCAUCACACCCCAAAGCCAAAACUGGUGAAAUUUUGACUCCAUCGGAGAUGAUGGAAAAGAUAGUUUGGCUGUUUAGCAUAUUCUAAUUACUACUAUCAUGCAUUAAUCUGGUUAUCUUUGAUGCGAAUGAUAUAAAGAACUAUAUCGAAUUAAAUAGGGUGCGACUGCACGAGCUGUUGGAGGUCUUGUAAUUUCUAAAUUAGACGACUUGGACUUGGUGUUUCGAAUCAAACAGGUUCAUUUUUUGUGCAACUAAGAAUCAAAAUCUAGAAGUGUAAGCUAGUAGCGAAUAGUGGACUUAUAAGUUAUUGUUUUAAUAAAAUAGGGAGUACAACAGAAAGGAAGCCUCUUACAUGAUGAUAAUAUCCAGUGCAUCUCUUGUGAAAAUCAAACAUACUGUAGCUAAAUAAAAUUGAAAGGGUACCUUUCCAAUUUAUACCACUAAGUGCACAAAUGCAGAAGAGUGAAAGUACCUAAGUUCUGCCACCAUUAUUCUUAUGGUUCAGCAUGAAAGUGGCUCUGGAUUGGGGGAGUAUAGGAAAUGAUUAUCUACUUUGGUUUUUUAUCUAUUAAAAAUUAGCCAUGCAAUUAUUGAUUUAGAUAUGAAGAAGUUUCUGCAUUAAUGCUUAAUUAAUAGUUUACCUUGCCUAUAGGCACUUCAUUGCAGCAAAUGCAACAUCAACUUUUCGGUCUAUCAUAUCCAGUUACCCAGGGGAGCUGGUUCUUGUAUCAAUACAGUGUCCGAAUCCCGAUUUCAACAGACCACAAUACAGAUGGAGAAUGUUGCAGCGGUCAUUAGUUGAAGCAGUAGCUGAUAUGCUAGUGUUUGGUGGGAAGGUAUUUCUCCAGUCUGAUAUUGAAGCUGUGGCUGUGAGAAUGAAAGAUGAAUUCAUGGGGCAUGGCAAAGGAAAGCUCGCAGUUGUGGAGCAUUCAGGGAAAUGGCUGAAGGAAAAUCCAUUUGGAGUUGCAUCAGAUUGGGAAAAGCAUGUUCUGGAACGCGGUGACCCCAUGUAUAGGCUUUUACUCUUUAAACUGGGAAGCUGAAAUUGCGAUGCUCUCUACACAAUUAUACCUCACCUUUGGAGAAAAAAGGUGUAUGGCAGCAAAGUUUGAAUUAUGGCUGGUCACAAACAUGUAAGACGCUUGCAGUCGCCUUUCUGAAAGCCGUGGGAGCAUUGAUAAUCUGUGAGGAACAAGGCAUUUUGGUUGGCUUGGUGGAACAUUGCCUAGCCUACCAAGUGGAUCAGGAAAUUCUUUGCCAAUGCCAUAGCCCGGAAAGACAAAAGGCCUGUUUGGGAAUGGCGUUUGAGGUUAGUGUUAACGUUUUGAAAAGACUAUAAACGGGUAGCGUUUAGCAUUUUCAAAGUUAAUCUGCACCGUUAACAUUUUAUCUAAAACGCUAACGCUAAUAAAAACGUGAUUCCCAAACCAGCCCAAAAUAGAAAAUGCACGGAAUUCAAAACUGCACAUAUAUUUGAGGUAUUUGUAUUUGUGAAGUCUUGAGUGUAGCAAUUGGACAUUAACAAUAUUGUGUUGCCUCUUUAGUCUCUACUCGUGUCGUUUAGACCCCAAUCACCAAUUACAAAAGUUAUGAGAUUGAGAUU